UGAAAAUACCUAUCUCGGCUCUGGGAAGUUAGGUUAUUAGUAGUACAUAUACAUAGCUAAAGCUACCUUUGUAGAACUUUGACUUUCCUAUUACUUACUUUCCAUCUUACCCUCUUUAUCACCUCGGCCUUCCUACUAAAGUGAGGUAUUUCAGGUUGAGUUCGUACGAAGAAUCGGAACCAUUCCUCCGUAGGUUACAAUUGUUGAUCGAUUGUUGAUCAAUUAGACUUAUACAGCCAACCUGCAUAAGAAUUUGAACCCCAAACCUCCCCCAAACCAGCAUGACUGCAUAAAUUGUACCCAGAUACUAUACAGCUUAUUCGCCUCCAACACUUCUGUGGCGUAGGGGGGAGUUCCUCGCCGGUAAACAUGGCUCAUCUCACGAAGAUCCUACCUCGUUGUCUAGGCCAAUCAGCUGCCCAGCUGCGAGUUUCAUCCUUAGUGAGCUCAAGACUACACCGUCCAGUUCCAUGGAUAUGCCAUAGAUGUGCCACCAAUAAGGCGGGUACCGCAACUCCGGGGCGGAGAUCAUUCACAACCACCGACCCAGCACAAGCGACACAAGCAACACCGGCAACGAAUAAUGCUUACAGAUCUCAUUAUGCCGAUCUCGACACUUUUCCCCGCCGGCACAUCGGCCCCGAUGAGGCCGAUACGGCUGCCAUGCUGAAAGCCUUAUCUCCACCCGUCGAGAAUCUAGAUGAAUUUGUCAGACAAGUUAUUCCCCCUGAUAUAUUAACACAGAGGUACCUGGAUAUUCCCCCACACGAAGGCGCACGAGGCGAAUCGAGCUUAAAGGAGAAAGUGAAGGAGUACCAAUCCAACAUCACUGUGAAGAAAAGUUUCCUCGGCCAAGGAUACUAUGGAACGCAUACGCCUGCCGUUAUUCAGAGGAAUGUCCUCGAGAACCCUGCCUGGUAUACGAGUUACACUCCUUACCAACCAGAAAUCAGCCAAGGCCGCUUAGAGUCCCUAGUGAACUUCCAAACCGUGGUCACAGAUCUGACGGCACUUCCCAUAGCCAAUGCUAGUCUUCUGGACGAAGGCACUGCUGCUGCCGAAGCAAUGACUCUCUCAAUGAAUACGUUGUCCACCUCUAGGGCUAAGAGAGAAGGGAAAACCUACGUUGCUUCUACAUCCCUCCACCCACAAACCAUCUCGGUCUUGCGUGGGCGCGCAGAUGGGUUUGGUAUUAAGAUCUUAGAGCUAGACCUAUCUAAGGAGGAGGCAUAUGCAGAAAUCGAAAAGCUCGGCGAAGAUUUGGUUGGCGUCAUGGUUCAAUACCCUGACACCUAUGGUCACGUGAACAAUUAUGAACCCCUGGCUGAACUGGUGCAUAAGCAGGACGCACUUCUCAGCGUUGCUACGGACCUUCUGGCCCUUACCAUGCUUAAACCUCCUGGAGAAUGGGGUGCUGAUAUCGCGUUUGGAAGUGCGCAAAGAUUUGGUGUGCCAAUGGGAUUCGGAGGCCCACAUGCUGCCUUUUUCGCCGUCCAAGACAAGCACAAGAGAAAGAUGCCCGGACGAUUAGUUGGUCUCUCUAAAGAUCGUCUAGGCGGCAAAGCAUACCGGUUGGCUCUCCAAACGCGAGAACAGCACAUUCGAAGAGAAAAGGCGACGAGCAAUGUGUGCACAUCUCAAGCACUGUUGGCCAACAUGAAUGCUCUCUACGCAAUCUACCACGGACCAGAGGGUCUUAAAGCGAUCGCUGAACGAGUUAUCCGUGGAGCCAGGGUUAUUCAGUCUCUCGCUGAAGAUCACGGGUUCUCUACACAGAGGAGCAAGGGAACUGGUGACGGAAGUGUUUUGUUCGAUACAGUCAUCAUUGAUGUUGGUUCCAAUGACAAGCAAAACCAAUGUGUGCAAAUAGCACAGGAGCACGGGAUGUAUAUUCGCCAAGUAGGCGACCAGCAGGUUGGUAUAUCUAUUGAUGAAACCACAUCUUUGGGCAACUUGAUCAAGGUUUUCCAAGUGCUUGCAAAAACCGUCGAUCAUGCGUAUCCUUACGAAGUUGCCGAAGGGCACGUCCGUGAGACACUCCAGAAACAGGCGGAUUCAUUGGAGAUCCCGGAAGCUUUUAGACGUACCUCUAGCUUCCUGACCCAUCCCGUCUUCAACACACACCACUCCGAGACAGAGUUGCUGCGAUAUAUCUACCAUUUGCAAUCCAAAGACUUGUCCCUUGUUCACUCUAUGAUUCCACUAGGUUCAUGUACUAUGAAGCUUAACGGAACUACAGAAAUGGCACUCAUUACUCUGCCCGAAUUCUCUCAGAUCCACCCAUACACGCCACCAGCGAUGGUGCCUGGCUACACUAGCCUAUUGGAUAUGUUCAAGCAACAAUUACAAGGAAUAACGGGAAUGGACGCAGUCUCUCUACAACCUAAUUCAGGGGCUCAGGGUGAAUUUGCCGGGCUACGAGCGAUCCGGGAAUACCAUAAAGCACAUGGAAAUGGGGGGAAGAAACGAGAUAUUUGCCUCAUUCCUGUGUCUGCGCACGGAACAAACCCUGCAUCUGCAUCCAUGGCCGGCAUGCGUGUGGUUCCGAUUAAGUGCGAUACAACUACCGGCAAUCUCGACCUGACAGAUCUCGAGGCAAAGUGCGAGAAAUACAAGGACGAACUCGGAGCUAUCAUGGUAACUUACCCUAGCACCUUUGGUGUGUUCGAGCCCGAGAUCAAAAAGGUGUGCGAGACUGUUCACGCACAUGGCGGACUCGUCUAUAUGGAUGGCGCAAAUAUGAAUGCCCAAAUCGGACUCUGCUCGCCUGGAGAAAUCGGUGCCGAUGUGUGCCAUUUAAAUCUUCACAAGACUUUUUGUAUUCCCCACGGUGGAGGCGGACCUGGUGUAGGCCCCAUUUGUGUGAAGCAGCAUCUUGAGCCCUUCCUACCUCGUGACCCCAAUCCCGCGGGCAAGACAGCCACCGGAGGUUACGCAGUGAGCAGUGCAAACUUUGGCAGUGCUAGCAUCAACCUCAUCAGCUGGGCUUACAACACUCUAAUGGGAUCUGAGGGCCUUACCCGCGCCACUAAGAUCACUCUUCUCAAUGCCAACUACAUCCUUUCUCGCCUCAAGCCCCACUACAAGAUUUUGUAUGUGAACGACCAUGGACGGUGUGCCCACGAGUUUAUCCUCGAUGCCCGGCCCUUCAACAAAUCCGCUGGCAUUGAAGCUAUCGACAUCGCCAAGCGCCUACAAGACUACGGUUUCCACGCACCGACGAUGAGCUGGCCCGUCGCCAAUACGUUGAUGAUCGAGCCGACAGAAAGCGAGAGCAAGGAGGAACUUGAUCGCUUCAUCGAUGCAUUGAUCAGCAUCCGUGAAGAGAUUCGCGAGGUUGAAGAAGGCAAGGCUCCGCGCCAGGGUAACGUCCUCAAGAUGGCGCCGCACACGAUGCAAGACUUGAUCGUUGGCGAUGGUGACAAGGGUGGUAAAUGGGAACGGGUUUACUCGCGAGAGAAAGCCGCGUACCCGUUGCCGUGGCUUAGGGAGAAGAAGUUCUGGCCUACUGUUACGAGGAUCAAUGAUACCUACGGCGAUCUGAACCUCUUUUGCACAUGCCCACCAGUCGAAGAUACGACUUAAGAUACUUGCUUUUACCCACAAAAGAAAUGUCCCCCUUUUUUUCAACGCAGCGAAUAGGUAUAUCCCGCUUCAACAUUAAGGAAAACUAACUCAUGGCGUACCGGAUACAAUGGGAGGGGUUCUCAACAACAACAACUAUAAUCACGACGACGAUAAAUCAUGAUUAGAACAGAGGCAGCAUUGGAGUUUCAUCAACUCCCUUAGAAUAAAGGCGUUUUUUUGUUGAUGCUUUAAAAGAGAGAAGGGGGGGGGGGGGGGAAGAGGUGGCCGUUUCAACAUUCAGCAUUACGGCCUACCUA